AUGGCCAUGCCUAGAGCAGUGCGACGGACGAACCCUAUCACAGUCAUCCUAGCAGCUGUACUCGCCAUCGGAUUCCUAUUCUUCAUCCUAUCGCCCGCGGGUGAUUCAGUAUCAGUAUCAACAGCGAGACGGAAAAUUGCAUCGGCGGCUGCUCAUCCUCUAUCCCCACCUACUGCCCCAUUCGUGAAGGAGGAAGCAGGAAGCCAAAGAAAACCGCCUCCAGUCGUACAUUACCACCUAAAUAAUGUCACGACGACGACAGAUCCAAUAACGAACGAAGAGACUGUUCUUGUUCUCACCCCUCUUACUCGCUUUUAUCAAGGCUAUUGGGAUAAUCUAGCGGCACUCACAUAUCCACACUCUCUGAUUGCUCUUGGCUUCAUAAUACCACAGACGAAAGAAGGUCACGCCGCUACGCAGCUGCUUCAAAACGCAAUCGCAGAAACUCAGAAUGGGCCGGAAGAGAAACGUUUUGCCAGCAUCAGCAUUCUGCGGCAGGACUUCGAUCCACCAAUACAAUCGCAAGAUGAAGCAGAAAGGCACAAGAAAGAGAAUCAAAAGGCGCGAAGAGGAGCUAUGGCUCGGGCGCGGAACUCGCUACUCUUCACCACUAUUGGUCCGUCCACAUCAUGGGUUUUGUGGAUCGACUCGGACAUUAUUGAGACCCCUAAGACUCUUAUACAGGACUUGACCUCUCAUGACAAACCUGUUCUAGUGGCCAAUUGCUUUCAGCGUUACAUUAAUGACAAGGGCAAAAAAGACAUUCGUCCCUACGACUACAACUCGUGGCAGGACAGCCAAGUAGCCGCUGAUAUGGCUGCCUCAAUGGGUCCGGAUGAUAUCAUAAUGGAGGGCUACGAUAUGGCGACGUAUAGGACUCUGAUGGCUAUGAAUGCAGACACGAAUGAAAGCAGGGAUCAAAAGGCUAUCAUUCCGCUAGAUGGUGUCGGAGGAACAACGCUCAUGGUGAAGGCCGAGGUGCACAGAGAUGGUGCGAUGUUCCCACCAUUUCCAUUUUAUCAUUUGGUGGAAACCGAAGGAUUUGCAAAAAUGGCGAGACGGUUAGGUUGGGGUUGCUGGGGAUUACCAAAUUAUUUCGUCUUCCACUAUAACGAAUGA